UAUAUAAGUCCCUGGGGAGACUCGUUGUCUGAGCCAAGAUGUUACCUUUGUUUGGAAUACUCCUGACUCUGCGUCUGACCUUGACCUGGGGAGCACAUACUGACCCCCACUGUGGGGGCAAACAGGUCAUGGUCCAUCUGUUUGAGUGGAAGUGGACUGACGUUGCAAAUGAGUGCGAACGAUUUCUGUCUCAGAAAGGCUUUUGUGGAGUUCAGGUAUCCCCACCCAACGAGCAUGUGAUGGUGACGAAGGAGUAUGCCCGUCCAUGGUGGGAGAGGUACCAGCCAGUCAGCUACAAACUCACCAGCAGAUCAGGUACAGAGGACCAGUUUAAGGACAUGGUUCAGAGAUGCAAAAAAGUAGGGGUCAGAAUUUAUGUGGACUCUGUUGUGAACCACAUGGCUGGACUGGGUCGGACGGGUACCGGCACUGCUGGGAGUCAGUUUAAUUCUGAUGCCUAUGACUUCCCGGGAGUUCCUUACAGGCGAGAACACUUCAACACGCGCAGUAAAUGUCCUUCAGGUGACGGCAAUGUCAACAACUACGGAGAUCCAAACAACGUCAGGAACUGCAACCUUGUUGGUCUCACCGAUCUCGAUCAAAGUAUCGAGUAUGUGCGAGACAAGAUUGCUGGCUUCUACGAUCACCUCAUUGACCUGGGUGUUGCUGGCUUCAGAAUCGAUGCUGCGAAACACAUGUGGCCUGCUGACAUAAAGGCUAUUCAGGAACGGAUGAAGGAUCUACCAGAAGGUGGUAAAGCAUUUUUCUUCCAUGAAGUAAUCGACCAGAAUGACGGUGCAAUCAAAGUGAACGAGUACUACGACUUGGGCUAUGUGACUGAGUUUCGGUACUGUCAAAAGAUAGCUUAUGGAACGCAUGACUUUGGUCAGCUAGGUGGUGUUGUGGAUUAUGGAUGGGGUAUGGCAGACUCUGCACACGCCUUCGUCUUUGUUGAUAAUCACGACAAUCAGAGGGGCCAUGGUGGCGGCGGGAACCUCAUCACCCAUAAAACACCCAGAGAUUACAAGAUGGCCCAAGCGUUCACUCUGGCCUACAACUAUGGGUUUGUCAGAGUGAUGAGCAGUUACUUCUUCGGAGAUGAUUCUGAAGCAGGUCCACCUCACAACGCGGACUUCUCUGCCAAAGAUGUCACUAUUAAUGCAGAUGGUUCAUGCGGAAAUGGCUGGGUUUGUGAGCACAGGUGGGCUCCCAUUGCCAACAUGGUAGCGUUCAGGAAUGCUGUAGCUGGGACAGGCAUUGAACAUUGGUAUGAUAGUGGGGACGUCGUUGCCUUUGCCAGAGGCAACAAGGGCUUCUUUGUGAUGGCAAAGCAAGGCAAUCUGGACCAAACAUUCCAAACAGGGCUCCCAGCUGGAGAGUACUGUGAUUUGGUGCAUAACUGUCAACAGAAGAUAACAGUGGAUGGCUCAGGAAAUGCUCAUAUCCACAUUGACAACAAUGAUGAACCCAUUGCUGCUUUUAUUGUUGGUGGUGCCAGUGGCCCUACACACGGCAACACGGUAACCCAUGGCAGCAGCAUGGGUGGGAAUACCAACCCUGCCGCCACAGACUCCCCCACUACAGCUACCCUAACUACAGCAGUCCCGGCAUCAACACCAGACCACAACACAGGCAGCUGGAAGAAAACUAUUAUUCUGGUGCAGAGACGGACUAACCCUGGACAAGACGUGUUCUUAAGGGGAGGCAUUGAUCAUAGUCAUGUCAACGGUUGUUCCAGUGACGUUACCACAAGCCCAUGCGCCAUCCCAAUACGACACACAAAUCUAGGCUCCGGUGUCCACUUUGCAAGCUACAAUGCCUGGAGCAAGGGAGACAACUAUCUGGAUUGGUUUGGUACUGAGCCAGGUCAGGGUACAUACAAUGGCAGAGUAGCAGAGGGGACUCCAGCUGUGUGGACAACAAACAGUCAGAAUAGACCAGAAUACAACAAAUACAACAAGUAUGGAGAGCACUACUGGUUGGUGGAGGUCGAUAUGGACUGUUCAAAGACGGUGAACAGUUUCUUUGAGGUGAAGGCUGAGGUGAACGGAGCUUGGGAGGGUAUCAUGUACGGGGACAAGUGUUCUGGUGCAGGUGCCGUAGAUCCCCCGUAUCAAUCCCAGAACCACAUGGGCCGGUGUGGGUACGUCAAUGUCUUUCACUGGGACACCAGUACUUGUGAAAUACUGCCUGUGUAAAAGACGCAAGAUUAAAGAGGAAUAAAGUUCAUUUGGAAAUGUG